AUGGCGGAGAGCUGCGGGCAAUGGGAUGGCCAGGUCUACAGGAUGCGCGACUUUGUAUGUCUGCCGCGUAGCGGCACGGCCAAGGGAGUGGACUACGAGCAAAGCAUGGGGCGCAUCACGCUCAAGUACGUCUUCCGAGAUGAGGCAGCUUGCCUUCAAGCAGCUGACCUCAGCGUAGAGCUCUCCAGCUGGGAGCUGAAGGUCAAGGCUGUUGCCAGACCGGAGCUGGAUGCGAUCCUGGCCCCGAUCAAUGGCACCUUGUACGGAGACAUCAAGCGGGAUCUCUCUUGGUGGACUGUAGAGACGCAGGAGGAUGGGGCCAAAGUGUUCACCAUUGAACUGACCAAGCGCGAUCACAAGGCGUGGAAUGCG